AUGGACAAAAAUAGGAAGGAUUCUAAAUUCAAAAGAGAUGGAAGGGAGAUAUUAACUAACUUUUUGGAUAUGCAGUAUUUCGGCGAAAUUUCAAUUGGAACGCCUUCACAAACUUUUCAAGUGAUUUUUGACACCGGCUCAGCCGAUUUUUGGAUCCCAUCAUCAAAAUGUCAUAAUUCGUAUUGCACUUUACAUAAAACUUUUAAUCAUUCUGCAUCAACCACUUUUCGUCCAUCAAACUAUAUUGUAAGCUUCCGCUACUUAAUAAGUGAUGUUAAAGGCUUCGUUGGACAAGAUGUCGUUUCGAUUGGAGGAAUAGCAGUAUAUAAACAAAUAUUCAGUGAAAUUUUUCAACUGUCAUGGUCCAAUAGUAGACGCAAAACAAGGUUUCAUGCCUUUGACGGUCUUGUCGGCUUGGCAUAUCGAGAACUAUCAGUAAUUGACGCCAACACAGUUUUUGAUAACAUGAUCUAUCAAAAAAGUGUUGAUCAACCAAUUUUUUCUUUCUAUUUUAGACGAGGGUCGACUUAUCCGGGUGGAGAACUAAUUUUAGGUGGCAUUGACAAAAGUUACAUCGAAGGCCCAAUUACUUAUAUUCCAGUUAUCAAGCAAGCAUAUUGGCAAAUUAAACUCGAUCUUGAUCGAAAAGAAGGAGACAACGUCAGAUUAUGCAAUCGUGAUUGUUCGGCAAUUAUAGACACUGGCACAAGUAUGAUAAUAGGACCUACAGAACAAGUGGAUAGAAUUCAUCAAGAGAUACAUGCUGUUAACUUGGAUGAAUUGAUGGAUAGCAGGAUUGAUUGCAAUGUAGUAGAUAGCCUGCCAGUAAUUAAUUUUCGCUUCAAUGGAAAAGACUUCCCUUUAUUACCAAAGCAUUACAUAUGGAGGGUAAAUUUAUUACUAAAAUUAACACUGUGCAUUAGCGGACUUUAUAGCCUUAGCAUGAGACAUUCAGUUUGGAUAUUAGGAGAUCUAUUUUUAGCAAACUAUUAUACCAUUUUCGAUAAAGGUAGAAAUAGAGUUGGUCUGGCGAAUGUCAUUGAUAUGGAAAAGGAAAAUAUAUAA